AUGAGGGUGUACUUGCGGCGGGAAUGCCAGGCUUGUGCGGCGGCGCUGGCGACUCUCGAGGUGCUCGAGCAGGAAAAGGCAAUCAGGAAUGCGCGCAGGAGCCGAGGGCAGCUGAUGACCGACCUUCGCAGUUUGGGUGGCCGCACGGCGUUCCCCGUCGCGGACGCUCGCGGCAUUCGGCUUUUGGUCGCUAUUGAGUUUGAUCGGGAGGCCACCGGCAGGUGCUUCGCUUCAGAGGUUCCUCGCCAUCGCUUCGACCGCGGUGUGCCCGUGCUGCCCAUGGAGCACCGAGGAGCGUUACGAAUCAUACCGCCGCUCACAGUCUCCGCCGACGAGGUUCAGGAACUCAGCGUAUCCGGUGAGGCCGCAUGUUCUGUUCGGAAGGUGCUCGAGAGCAAGGCCACACCACCAGCGGCGGAUGCGUCAGCGUCCGUGCAGCCCUCGCCCCCGUCCGUGCAGUGGCUCCUGGCGGCGAUGAAGUUCUCCGGAGCGUUUGAGGAUGUGUUUGUGGAUCAGGUCCAGGUGGUCGCAUACCUCCACGACUGGCAGCCGAACAGCAGUACGGGAGGAGAGUUUGUCUACUGGAGUGGGAAUGUUGCUCCGCGGCGCGUGAAGCCAGAGCACGGGGUCGAUAUAGAUCCGCAGAAGUCUUCGCCUCUGGAUAUGGCACUUGCCAUCCUGGACAAUGUGAUCAAGUAUCCGUUGCCAACUGACGUCUAUAUGUAA